AUGCGGGUUGAAUUUUUGGUGUCUUGGGCUUUUUCUAGGCCUCCUGGCCGUUGCCGACUGGGCAAGGAAUGCCACGUGUGGCUUGCUGGUAGCGCGUGGCUCUGCUAG